AUGACGCUGACGCUGACGCUGACGCUGCGGCGCCGUGCGGUGUGCGCCCUGGCGCUCCUCGCGCUGCUCUGCGGCUGCUGCUGCGCCUCCGUCUGCGGGGCGACGAAUGCGGCGGCUGCGGCUAAUGUGAAUGUGUUGUUGGAGGUGUCGUGCCCGGCCAACAAAAGCAAGUUGCGUUGGCGUCUUGCCGGCGACUCCAGCUGGACGCAGUGCACAGCCUCCCUGGUAUCGGCUAAUGUUGUGGCUGCGACUGACGCUGAAAUGAGUGCUGCUGCUGAGGUGAGUGCCAGUGAAGCCGGCAGCAUCUGCCUCAUUGCCGAAUCGACCUUCAUCUUGACCGGGUGCGACACGCGCUGCGAAGGACGCACAACGCAGGGCGAUGGCGCGCCGGACGAUGCUGCGCUCAAGAUGCUUUUCGGGACCGAGGAAAACGGCGCGCUCCACAGAAAGUGGAAGACAGCGUCGUCCUCCACUGGCGCCGCGACCCUUCCUACAGUGGUGGACGGCCAGAAUGGUGCUCAGGGCGUUUGUACUCUACCGCCCGCCAGUGCAAGGACAAAUGGGGAAGGUUCGUCUGGUCCACGGGCCCAAGAAGUGCCAGCUGCAGGACGGACACAGCAGCCACACACGAUUGACGGUGCGGGCCCGGCAAUAGUCCCAGCAGGAGCCCAACCGAAGGGGACUGGAGAGGCACAGACACCCCCAACUUUUGCAGGGGGGCCCGGCGCGUCCGCUGCCGCCCCGGCCGCCACCGCCGUGGAGGGGGCCACCACAACGACGACCACCAGCGGCCCCAGUGCUGGGAGCCACGCGAAAAGCAACGCGGACAGCAGUGACACCCUCACCACAGCGUGGGUGCGUGCACCUCUCAUGCUGCUACUCACGGCUGCCCUUGCCUGUGCUGCUGGGUAA